GGGGGCGCUGUUUGUAGCGUCCAUAUUGAAAGAGUCGCUCUGAGGCCGCUGUGUGAUGAGGAGCAGCUCUGGAGGAUCACGCAGCCUCUUUGACGAUGGCGGCCCCUGACAUAGAUGUGUUCACUAAUGAAGAAAAGCGAAACCUGGAGCUCGGCGGCCAUGUUGGAUUCGACAGCCUGCCCGAUCAGCUCGUCAGCAGAUCCGUCGCCCAAGGCUUUUGUUUUAACAUCCUCUGUGUAGGUGAAACUGGAAUUGGGAAAUCCACUCUGAUCAAUACACUGUUCAAUACGACGUUUGAAACUGAAGAGGCCAGUCAUUAUGAGGCUGAAGUGCGACUACGACCACAAACAUUCGAGCUUCAGGAGAGCAACGUGAAUCUGAAGCUCACUGUGGUGCACACGGUCGGGUUUGGAGACCAGAUCAACAAAGAGGAGAGCUACAAACCCAUUACUGAAUACAUCGACGCUCAGUUUGAGAAGUAUCUCGAGGAGGAGCUGAAAAUCAGACGGUCCUUGUUCAAUUAUCACGACACGAGGAUCCACAUCUGUCUGUAUUUCAUCGCACCCACGGGACACUCUCUGAAGUCUCUGGACCUGGUGACCAUGAAGAAACUGGACAGCAAGGUGAACAUCAUCCCGGUGAUCGCAAAAGCCGACACGGUUUCAAGAAGUGAACUGGACAAAUUAAAAAUCAAGAUCAUGAGCGAGCUGGUCAGUAAUGGAGUCCAGAUUUACAACUUUCCCACUGAGGACGAGGCCGUUGCAGAGAUCAACGCAUCGAUGAAUACGUAUCUUCCUUUUGCCGUCAUUGGAAGCACAGAAGACGUAAAAGUCGGAAAUAAGAUGGUGAAGGCGCGACUCUACCCCUGGGGAUCUGUACAAGUGGAGAAUGAAAACCACUGCGAUUUUGUGAAGCUGAGGGAGAUGCUGUUACGGGUGAACAUGGAGGACCUCCGAGAGCAAACGCACGCCCGGCACUACGAGCUUUACCGCCGCUGUAAACUCGAAGAGAUGGGCUUCAAAGAUUCAGACCCAAACAGCACGUCUUUCAGUCUUCAGGAGACCUAUGAAGCCAAGAGGAAAGAGUUUCUGCUGGAGCUUCAGCGUAAAGAAGAGGAGAUGAGGCAGAUGUUUGUGAACAAAGUCAAAGAAACAGAGGCCGAGCUCAAAGAGAAAGAAAAAGAGCUCCAUGGCAGGUUUGAGCAGCUGAAGCGAAUGCACCAAGAGGAGAAGAAGAACGUGGAGGAGAAACGUCGGGAGCUGGAGGAGGAGAUGAACACCUUCAACAGGAGGAAAAUGGAGGCUCUGAUGGGCCAGGGGCCUCAGGGCGGCUCCCAGCCCUUUAAAAAGGACAAAGACAAGAAGAACUUCUUUAGUCUACCCUCUGCGUGCUCCUUAACCUCAGGACGGAAUCUGAAUUAGAAGACUUUCUGCUUCUACACGAAAAGGCGUAGCAAAUGAAAUGAGUGGGUUUUCUAAUGUCAUCUUGUCCACAUGGAGUCACAGUCACAUGUCUGAGCAGUGCUCUGUAGCAUGGUUUGUGCAUGUCUUUUAUCAUCCCCUUUUUUGCCAAAACGUCAUUUACAAUGUGCUGUUGUUUUUGACUAACACUGUGAAACUCACAAAGACAUGGCUCCAGAAGAAUGAUAUUUUAUUAUUUGUAGUAUGCACUUUAAACAUUACAUGUUAUUAACAGCUAUGAUUCAAAUCUAUUUAAAGUGUUUAAUAAAUAAACAUAUUUAAUUAUUUUAAAGUACUGUUAGGGCAGAUUCAUUGUUAUAUAACAUUAGUAAAUCUAAAUGGGAUUGUGUCAUUUCUAGAUUUGUAAAAUCUAUUGGAGACAAAUAAAAAUGUAUGUCAU